CACAGCUGUUUUUUUUUUAAAGAAAAAAAAAUCAAUUUAGCCAUCGAUGAUGCGCGUUUCAUUCCGCUUGUUCCGUGUUUAUCAUGCCCAAUCCAAUUCCACAUCGUUUGUCUGGGAUUAUUUUUUUCAUGUGCGCCAGUGGCUGAGCGCUCACCAACGGUUUAAUUCAUUCACUUAAAUAGCGGACAGUGAAAGAUUUGAGUUGAUAAAGUUUAGAGGCUAGUGGGUGAACGAUGAUUCGGGAGAGUUUCAGUGGUGAUUGUUUCUUCUGCAUGGACCAUUUGUUAAAUGAUUAUUUUUGAUUAAUUAGUGGUGUCGUUUGGGAUGAGCCGAUGAGUUGAUGUACUUUUGGAUAGCGCCGUCGAGGGCUAGCUAGCGCGUUCCAUUUCUACUUAUCGUGGAUAUUGUGUUCGGGAUUGGGAUUUGAAAGAAUUUUUUUUUAUUUCGUUCUUUCGGUAUCUAUCGGUGUUUGGACAGUUGUCGUUUGGUUGAACAUUAGUCGUGGCGCGUCACUCGGAGCGAAUGGUUAUUUUAACGUGGAGUUUUUCGAGUUUUUAUUAUUUUCGUUUGAAUCGAGGACGAAAGGAUGGACGAGUCUGGGAUUGAUAUGGGAUUUGAUCUUGCUGCCCUCAGCAAUGCACAGGAUUUGGAUAUUGAUAAUAGUGAUUUUGAUCAGGCCCUGUCCAUGUUGUCGAGUUCUCAGGACUUCAUGUACUAUGAGCUCAAGAGUCGCGCACCUGACACCUGCAGCCCGCCGACAUUCAAAACAGCGACGCCGACGUCGAGGACACACUUGAAACUCCAGUUGAUGAGGGAGCAGCUGCAGGAGCAGGAGAGAAAGGAAGCGGAAUUCCGGCAGAAUCUGCAGCAGCAGCGGCCAGCGGCUGCAGCCCCUAGGCUAGUACCACCCACUCAACUAGCGACUAUCGGCGUUGAUGUUCCACCCCAAGUACUUCAAGUGAGAACUCUCCUGGAGAAUCCGACGCGCUAUCAUGUUGUACAGAAGCAGAAGAAUCAGGUACGACAGUAUUUGCACGAGUCGUUUCGAUCGAGCGAUGGAGAUAUCACUGAGGGGCUCGUUGGAUCUAGUUAUGGUAGUGAAGGGGGAGGAACACCCAUUGAUACUGGACCAGUCCAGAUGCCCAUGGCAGUGCACAGUGCCCCACCAGGUACUGUUGAACAACCAAAACCACAAACCCCUCAUCUGGCUUCAUAUCAAUAUGCGUCAUCGAUGCUGCCUAGGCUAUCAGGAGUUUCAGCAAGCCCUGAUCCAACCAGUGGGGCUAUGUCUCCAGGGCUAUCCAGCGUUGCCACCAGCAACUCCGAGGCCGAGGAUCUUUUGGACGAUAUUUUGUCCUUCGAGGCGGGCUCACUGGGAGGUGGACUGAAAGAGGGACAGGCUGGAAGUCUCUCAAGCCUACCUGAUCUUGAGAUAAAGCCAGAACCACUCCUCCUCACUGACGCGGAAAUUCAUGCACUUGCCAAAGAUCGUCAGAAGAAGGAUAACCAUAAUAUGAUUGAACGGAGAAGAAGAUUCAACAUUAAUGAUCGAAUCAAGGAGCUGGGGACAUUGCUGCCUAAGACUAAUGACCCGUAUUACGAAAUAGUGAGAGACGUAAGACCAAACAAGGGGACAAUAUUAAAGUCCUCGGUGGAGUACAUAAAAUUACUGAAAAAUGAGCUCACACGGAUGAAACAGAGUGAAACAAGGCAUAAACAGCUGGAGCAUCAGAAUCGUAGGCUGUUAUUACGUGUACAGGAGCUUGAGCUUCAAGCAAAAGCUCAUGGUCUUCCGGUUACGGAUCCAAGCUGGGCAUCAACGUCAGCCAUUGCUGUCAACUCAUUCUCGAGGACUAAGCACGACCGAAGAAAGAUGCCAGAGAUGGUAACGGAGGAUACAUCACUCCUGAGUAUGGCACAUUUUGAGGAUCUGAUGGAAGAUGACACGGGUGGUCCAGUCCACGGUGGGGAUCCAAUGCUGUCAUCACCGCAUCUACCACCCCUGAGCCCACCAGCCCCAGCCUGUCACCAUCCCCUAGUCGACGAGGACACACUCGGUAGUUUAGCCCCAACAACGUCAAAUUCAUCCUCAGACAUGGACAUUGUUGCAUAGCCACGAGCCCCAAUUCUUGCAUACAUACGUGGACACGUAUCACGACCACCAGAAUGUACCAGUGACGUCGGAAUGGAUCUCUUUGGUUACCUGGGAAUAGUCGAUGUACCGUGAGGAAAACCAUUAAGUCAUGUACGAGUGUGUGCAACCACUCAACUACUUUGAAAUUCUUCUCUAGCAGACUGGGAGUAGUGAUUUAAUCGUAGUUUGAAUCGAUGCAUCUGCUAAAUCACGAGAUGGUUUUAUGGGGAUGGGGU